GUCCAGGAACAAAAUAUGUCAUGUUCCACAACAGGUCCAUUGAUGUUCAAAAACUCUUCAGGACUGUGUUAUUGUGAUAAUUAUUGCUUGCAAAGUCGAGAUUGCUGUGUUGAUUACAAAGAAACUUGUCAAGCAAUAAACGAGACUUCUUCAGAAAAAUCGUAUCAUUCAACAGGCAUUGUUUCUACAACUUCACAGCAAUCUUCCCUAGGAACAAGUCCUACAAUUCAACAAACAGAGACAUCGCCAGAAACAAGUCCCAUAAUUCAACAAACAGAAACAUCGCCAGAAACAAGUCCCACUAUUCAACAAACGGAAACAUCGCCAGAAACAAGUCCCACAAUUCAACGAACAGAAACAUCGCCAGAAACAAGUCCCAUAAUUCAACAAACAGAAACAUCGCCAGAAACAAGUCCCACAAUUCAACAAACAGAGACAUCGCCAGAAACAAGUCCCACUAUUCAACAAACGGAAACAUCGACAGAAACAAGUCCCACAAUUCAACGAACAGAGACAUCGCCAGAAACAAGUCCCAUAAUUCAACAAACAGAAACAUCGCCAGAAACAAGUCCCACAGUUCAGCAAACGGAAACAUCGCCAGAAACAAGUCCCACAAUUCAACAAACGGAAACAUCGCCAGAAACAAGUCCCACAAUUCAACAAACGGAAACAUCGCCAGAAACAAGUCCCACAAUUCAACAAACAGAAACAUCGCCAGAAACAAGCAAAAUCAUUCUACAAACACAGACAUCGUCAGAAACAAGUCCCACAAUUCAACAAACAGAAACAUCGACAGAAACAAGUCCCACAAUUCAACGAACAGAGACAUCGCCAGAAACAAGUCCCAUAAUUCAACAAACAGAAACAUCGCCAGAAACAAGCCAGAAACAAGUCCCACAAUUCAGCAAACGGAAACAUCGCCAGAAACAAGUCCCACAAUUCAACAAACGGAAACAUCGCCAGAAACAAUUCCCACAUUUCAAAAAACAGAAACAUCGCCAGACACAAGCAAAAUCAUUCUACAAACACAGACAUCGCCAGAAACAAGUCCCACAAUUCAACAAACAGAAACAUCGACAGAAACAAGUCCCACUAUUCAACAAACGGAAACAUCGACAGAAACAAGUCCCACAAUUCAACGAACAGAGACAUCGCCAGAAACAAGUCCCACAAUUCAACAAACGGAAACAUCGCCAGAAACAAGUCCCACAAUUCAACAAACGGAAACAUCGCCAGAAACAAGUCCCACAAUUCAACAAACGGAAACAUCGCCAGAAACAAGUCCCACAAUUCAACAAACGGAAACAUCGCCAAACAUCGCCAGAAACAAGCAAAAUCAUUCUACAAACACAGACAUCGCCAGAAACAAGUCCCACAAUUCAACAAACAGAAACAUCGACAGAAACAAGUCAAACAAUUCAACAAACAGAGACAUCGCCAGAAACAAGUCCCAUAAUUCAACAAACAGAAACAUCGCCAGAAACAAGUCCCACAAUUCAGCAAACGGAAACAUCGCCAGAAACAAGCAAAAUCAUUCUACAAACACAGACAUCGCCAGAAACAAGUCCUACAAUUCAACAAACGGAAACAUCGCCAGAAACAAGUCCCACAAUUCAGCAAACAGAGACAUCGCCAGAAACAAGCAAAAUCAUUCAACAAACAGAGACAUUCUCAUCUAAAACGUUUUCUGAGGAAACUGUCACAACUUUGUCUUCAACUACAGAUUUCUUAACUACCGAUGCCACAACUGAAUUAAAGAAAUCAACUUUUCAUUACACAUCAUUAGAUACCGAUACAUGGGAAACAUCUACCAAUGCUUUUUCCCCUUCAACAAUCUUCACAUCUCAAAAAAUAUCAGAGAUCACCCAGAUUACAACAAGUGAAACUAUUGACCUUUCAAAAUCUUACUCGACUCCAUCAAAGGCAACAGAAAGUUCCACAGACAAGGAAGAUUCAUGCACGUGCCAGCAUGGAGGGACUUGUAAAGAUUCGGUCUGUGUGUGUGCUAUUGGAUACCAGGGCAUAUAUUGUGAGGAUGAACACAUAGAAAUCCUAUCCUAUAAGAGUAGCAACUCAGUAAUACGUGAAGGAAAGUCAGCAUGGUUCCAAGCAGAGAUCGUCGGUCCUGUUGGUUUCAGUGUCCAGUGGUCUCGAAAUGGAGAUUCAAUAAGCAGCACAGCAUCCAGAUAUGUAAUGACGUCAUCCAAAACAGCAAAUGACACAACGAUACAUGUCCUGAAUAUCACAACUGUUUUACAACGGGAUGAAGGUUAUUGGACAGUGGAAGCAUUAACAAGUUUGACCACUGAAGCCAGAAUUAUAACAGUAAAGGUACUUCCAAGACUUUUGCUGCAGAUGGCACCAGAAUAUGAUUUCUCAAUUAAAACCGGUGAAAGUAUAAAUCUCCGAUGUGACGUCAUCAACCCUAAAUCCCUGACUGGUAUAUCUGACGGAAGUUUAGUCUGGAAGAAAGAUGGCAUUGAUAUAUUACUAGGUAUGGAAUAUUCUGGAUUCAAUAUAAGCACAUCAAACGUAUCUUCUACAUUGGAGAAAGAAUUGGCGGAUUUUGGUGACGCAGGACGCUUUUCGUGUUCCCACUCUACCUAUCCAGAUCCAGUAUCUGUUUCUAUAGCUAUUUCUGUUACAAAACCAGAACAAAUCAGAUGUGCAGACGACGAGUUUGACAAUAUAAAAUGGAAAUCUACGAUUGCUGGAACAACUAAAAAGGAGUCAUGUCCUGAAAACCAAAAAGGAACUGCGACUAGAUAUUGUAAUUUUCAAGGUCUUUGGGAAUCCCCCGAUCUCAUCAACUGUACUGAUGUCGCUUUGGUAAAUGCCAAUGAGGAGUUGGAUAGUAUAAUUGCUGAUGGCACAACUAAGAAUGUAGAUGAGGCUGUGAACAACACGUUAGUGAAGAUGAAGAAUCUGACGUCACAAAGAAGUGAACUGAGUGCCGGGGAUAUUAGCUCCUCUCUUGACAUCCUAGAGAAGAUUGUCAACGUCACAAAUAUGACAAGUGCCAACGUGCAGAAAGAGGCCUUCUUUGCGGUUGUCGACAAUGUUUUGUCAAAAAACAAUUCCAAAUCUUGGACUGCUGUGAGUGACAAGACUGAAAAGGAUGCUAGCUCCCUUUUAAAGAAUAUGGAUCGAAUGAGUGAAGUUGUUUUGAAGAAGGAAAACAUAACAACAUCAAAAUUCAAAGGGAAAAAUUUUGAGGUUUCUGUUGAUAAAACAAAGGUAGAUGAAAAAGGAAUCGUCUUCCCUGAAAAAACCGAGAAAACACCAAAUGAUACCUCUAUUGAUACGGAAGAAUAUUCUACAUUUCUUGAAUUACCAAAGCAAACAAAUAAAAUUGAAAAACCAAUUACAUAUGUGGCUGUUAUAUACAAGACGAUAUCAGACAUUUUACCCACAGAUUCAGGUUCACAAACAGAAGAAAAUUCAAACGCAGUGACGGAAGGAAAAGAGAAGAAAAAGAAAGAAUUCGUUAAUUCUGAAAUCCUGUCGCUUACUACUCAGACAAAUCUGGGUAUUCUAUCCCCUCCUCUAAAUCUGGCUUUCCAGCACAAACACGAGAACGAAAGUGCUGACCUUCAAGCAAUUUGUGUGUCGUGGGACUUCAUCACAAAUAAAUGGUCAGAAGAAGGAUGCAAAGUUAACUCCACCAAUAACAAGAGGACAGUUUGUCAGUGUAACCAUCUGACUAAUUUUGCCAUUCUGAUGAGACCUUACACUCCUGAGACAGAAGACGGAGCAUCACUGAAGACGUUAUCUCUCGUUGGUGUUGUUAUCUCCAUUGCUUUCACAGUCUUAACGUUUAUGCUGUUUGUUCUGACUUGGAAACAAGUAAAGAGUGAUCAAAAUAUUAUGCUGCUUAAUCUUUGUGGAUCGCUUGUCGUAUCCUACAUUGUCUUCAUCGUAGCUGUAGAAAAGACCGAAAAUGAGGGUGUCUGUAUUUUCAUCACGGCUCUUAUCCAUUAUCUUUUCUUGGUGACCUUUUUCUGUAUGCUGAGUAUGGGUAUCUACUACUGCAUGAGUAUCACAGUGACAUUCUACGCCAUGUAUGUAGCCAACAACUUCAAGUCCAAAUCCAGAGUGCAGUGGUUCCUUUUGGGAUCAUGGGGUAUUCCACUAAUCAUUGCAGCAAUUACUUUAGGAGCAUUCUGGGGGAAUGACUACCAUCUCAAACACUACUGCUGGCUCUCUAUGGAAAGCGGUUCCCUAUUUCUCUUCAUUGUUCCAGUUUGUGUUAUUGCCGUGAUGAAUAUAAUGAUAAUGGUGUCCCUGAUUCGAGUGUUGUGUGCUUCCAGUGCCAUGACAAAGUCUUCACUUCAGAAAAAGGCCGCGUCUGGCUUGCGGUCUCUCGGUACCCUUUUACCUGUACUAGGUGUUACCUGGAUAUUUGGAGUCUUAGCUGUAAACGAAAGUGCUGAAAUAUUUCAGUAUAUUUUCAUCAUAGCCAACUCCUUACAGGGCUUUUGUAUAUUCAUUUCACACGUGCUAAUGAACAAAAAGCUGAUGAUGGGUAUAAAGACAAAGUACCCAUCUCUGAGUGGACUGAGUAUGUUCACAGAAUCCAGUAAAAAGGAAACUUCUUCUGUAUCUAGAUCACAUUCAUCAAGGUCGGAGACUCCAUUGGUGAAACCCAAGAAAAAGAGGAGUCUGCCGAUACUUGGGAGUUUUCUGAACAAAAAGUCCAUGAAGAACAAUAAAGUCAUGAAAUCUAACUCUUUUAUGACGGAGAAGACGGUAUCUACUGACUGUCCCUGUAGUGAAACCCAGGAAAAUAGUUUAGCAAUGACAGAAAAUGCACCAAAAGAAGACGAAAGCUCAAAGAUGAUUUUCAAAGAAGUAAAAACGGAAAGAAAAGUACCACGAGUCCGUUUCAAUUUCAACCUGAAGAAGAAAACCUACGUUUUGUCUGAAAUGUAGACU